CGAAUAUCUCUUGCACGCGCCUCGCAAGAAAGGGAGGAAAGCCUGUCUUCACGUGAACACUAGCUGAAAUCCCUCUCGCCAGUCGACCCCACCUUCUAUUUUCCUCCGAGCAAACCUGAAAACGGGAGGAAAAGACAUUCACAAUGACCCUCACCACGAAUCCUCUCCCUCUUGACUAUUACGAGAUCCUCAACCUCUCCUUCACGAGUGCGCCCCUCUCGAAGCAAGUACUCAAAACCGCAUACCACCGCGCCCUACUCAAACACCACCCCGACAAGGCUGCCGCCGCCAGCACACCCGCUCAGGAUGCGCCUCUAGGUUAUCUGGCCUCGAACAACGCCCACAGCUCCCCGCCGCAGACGAGACUUUUUUACACGAUAGAUGAAAUUACAGCGGCAUACAAGACCCUCUCCGUUCCGUCUCUACGCGCCGAGUAUGAUCGCUCCCUGCGACUGGAUCGCGCGCGGGAUGCCGCGGGGCAGGAAAAGGCCGGGGGCAACGGGGUGCUGUUUCACACGGGGUUGGAGGUGGUGGAUUUGGAAGAUCUGGGCUGCGUGGAGGGUGAAGGCGGCGAAGGGAAUAUUUGGUACAGAGGGUGUCGCUGUGGGGAUGAGAGGGGCUUUCUUCUCACGGAAGAGGACUUGGAGAGGGAGGCGGAGAACGGGGAGAUCGUGGUCGGGUGUCGGGGUUGCAGUCUGUGGAUAAAGGUCCUGUUUGCGGUUGAGAAUGAUGGCAGUGACGAUGAGCAGGAGCGAGAGGGAGAGGAGCAGAAGCAGGGAACCUGAGGUGAUGAUGAUGAUGUUGGUGGAAAUCCUUGUGUGUGAGCAUACGGUAAUGCUCUUUUUCUAGACC